AUGCCAUUGGGAUUGCGAGGAGACUAUAUGGGGCCUGAACAGAUACAGGAUACCGAAGAACGAGAUACCUUGGCGAAGAGCUUGGAGAGGCUACGGACCGAGUUGUUGGCUGGCACAGCCAGUGCUGAGUCCUUGUUGAAAAAGCUGGAUAAGACCAAUUACGAGAUAAGACGGUUUAGGGAUGUCUUACGGGUUAAAGCUAUCACGGACACCACCAAUGAUCAGGACUAUACUCCACUCAAGACCAAACGAUACCACCCCAUCCGAGCCGGAAGUGGAGGCACACCCCUUUACUUACAGCACCACAGCCUCCUCCCAUUCCAGCCCACAAGCACACCUACAUCCCCUACUGUCUCCGACAACGAUGAUGAUUCUGUGAGUCGGCCGAGUACGGCGUUGAGUACGCGAUCUGCACCCGUGACAUCCUCGCCUCUAACAUCCUUGUACACGGACUCGGACGACGAUGGAGCAGGUGAGGGAGAUGAGGGCGAGGGCGAGGGGUGGGAAAGGAGUGAUCCAACGUUUGGGAGGUUGAAGAGGAUGUUGUCGAAUCUUUGUGAGGAGGCGCAGGCGGCUGUUAGUGCCCCGACAUCUCCUGCACCGGCUCCCCGUAAUAUGGGUAAUGGGUUGGGGAUCGAGAUGCAGGUUUGUACACCUCGACGAGGUGGAGGGAAGGAGAGAUAUGGACAAGACGUGAAGAUGACGAUUGGGCAUAAGUGGACGAAGAGCAUGGAUGGGAGUCCGGUUAAGCCUGCGCAGUUUACGCCGCCGUCGUCUGUCUCCUCAAACGCUUCAGCGGAUGAGAGCGAGGACAACGACGACGACGCGGGUGAACCCACACCGAUCAGGAAGAGACCCGGAUUGGUACGGAACAUGUCCAGCUCAACCCUCCUCCCCGUCGCAGAAGGCGGCCGAAAGAUCUUUGAGGCAGCAGCAGAGGGUGUGGAGAAAGCUAUUCUUGGACUCGACGAAGCGGUGAUUGAACUACUCGACGUACGGAAUGGACGAAACCAGGAGGUGGGUGAGGGAGAGGGGUUGAGGAGGGCGCCGAGGGGGUUGAUGUUGUUGGCGGUUUUGGUACUUUUGGUGGGUGCGAUGUGGAGGUAUGCACUUGGUGCUGGUGAGCGGGGAUGUGUUUGUGGACCUGCUGGAAUGGAGGAGGGUGAGAUGGCGUGA